ACGCGAUCGGCGGAGGGAUAGCAGAAGCUUCAGGACAGUGAGAGCUAGGCAGGCAGCGAGAGACGGGCUAUAAAUUGCUGCAGAUAGAGUUGGGGACGUGGAAAUAUUUCGUUGUAGGCAUUUGCGACGAAAGCAAAUGUAAACUUUGGGAUACUACAUCUAGACGUUCGAGCUGCCAUCAGUUUACGGCUUGGUGUUCUACAGUGGAAUAUAAAAAUGUCGUCUCCAAGUCCGGGUAAAAGGCGAAUGGAUACUGACGUGGUGAAACUCAUCGAAAGCAAGCACGAAGUCACAAUCCUCAGUGGACUCAAUGAAUUUGUAGUUAAGUUUUAUGGACAACAAGGAACAGCGUACGAGGGGGGCGUCUGGAAGGUGCGAGUAGAUCUCCCGGACAAAUACCCUUUCAAAUCCCCGUCAAUAGGAUUCAUGAAUAAAAUCUUCCAUCCCAACAUCGAUGAAGCGUCAGGAACAGUGUGUUUAGAUGUCAUCAACCAGACGUGGACAGCCCUUUAUGAUCUCACCAAUAUCUUUGAGUCGUUCCUGCCUCAGCUGCUGGCAUACCCCAACCCCAUCGACCCGCUGAACGGAGACGCGGCCGCCAUGUACCUCCACCGGCCAGAGGAGUACAAACAGAAAAUCAAAGAGUACAUCCAGAAAUAUGCAACCGAGGAGGCUCUCAAGGAGCAGGAGGAGGGCCAGGGCGACUCCUCAUCGGAAAGCUCCAUGUCGGAUUUCUCUGAAGACGAAGCCCAGGAUAUGGAGUUGUAGUGAUGGGAGACGACUCCCCUUUAAAACCACAGACUGUAUGAUUUCCUAACCAUGAGAAAGCAGACAUCAUAUUCAUAUAAGUUGAUUUUUUAUUAUUAUUACUAAAACAAGGAUUUUUAUGGAUAUCAAUCCUCUGUGUAUAUCACACACACCUCCACCCGCUUUGUGUUUUCUCCAUGUCCCAGUCGCUUUCUCCUCCUUCAAUCCCUGUAAAGGUGUGUUGGACGUAGAGGUAGCAGUCCCCACAUUCCAUCGGUAGCUGCGUUUUAGCUCCAACGCAUGCAGUCACCUUUGACCGUUGACCUUCGGCCUUACCCUCACUGCACCAACGACCGGACAAAAUGGAGACUAGCUCUAUGGGCUGGGCUGAAUAGGCAGCGGGAGGGGGGCACUGGGGGAUUUCCCUUCCCUUCUCUUAAUCUCAUUAAUGUGUUGAAGAAGAGGAACUAGAGAGAGUUAGGUCAUAGUCAUGGUCAUGGCAAUUAUGGUCCAGGUCUUCAGCCGAAUUCGUACCUGUCUGGAUUUUAUUUUUGUUUGAAUGGUAAAGUUGGAUUGGAAUUGGAUACAUUGGAUACAUCACCCUGCUGUCGUUGGCUGUCGACUUGUCCUGCUAGACAGGUGAUUGGGUAUUUUAAAGUAAUAUGAAAGAGGGGAAUUGCAGCUUCAAUAUCUAUUUUGUAUAUCACCAAUGUUUUUCUCGUGUUCAUUUCUGUCAUUUGUGCUUUUCCUUUGGCUGGGGUUAGGAGCUGCCUGUGUUGUUUUGUAUGCGUGUGCAGCACCUUGCUUGUACAGUGAUACUUCACCUUUCUCAUUAGAGCCUUAUGAACCCAGCCAGCGCGUCAAUCAAAGCGCUUACAUCUCUCUGAGCCUGUCCAAGCUGGUAUGGCUGUCAGACUACCUGUACCCCUUUAGAAAAGUACAUCACUUCCUGGAACGCCAUAGGUAUUAACUAUCCACUGAAGUUUGUUAGGGGUGAAUAAUGCCCAGAAUGAGGGAUUGAACGCUGAUGUGUUGGAAAGUGAGGUAGAAGUGGCCGACCUUACCUCACCGGCCACAGCACAGAGACCCAACAUACUCACCUCAGCUCUGUUUCUUUGUCAAAAUAAAAGGAGCAUAGGAAAAAUCACAAGAAGCAUUUUUGUAAAAAAAAAAAAAAAGCACAAUGUUUUAUUUUAUUUCCUACAACCUCCCCCCACUCCUCCCUCCUAGAGGAUUUGGACCUUGUUUAUUUUGGUGGCAAAGACCGAAUAUAUCUAUUUUUUGGGGGGGGACAUCAUUCUGUACAGUUUGGGCAUGAUCCAGAAGUGACGUUGUGUUGGACUGUGUUGCGUUAGGCUAGUGUAGGGCUCCACUAAAGUAGUACUGCUUGUGUGGCUACUGUCUGAAGGCUUGAGUUGCGUCGUGUAUAAGGCUUAGUGAUUUACCUGGGUUACCCUUCACUCUUAGAUGAGGAAAAUACGGGGGGGUGGGAUAUCUGCAGGUCUUUUUUUGCUAACAUUGUUGAACUUACCAACUUUGCCUAUUGCUCGUGCUAAACUAUGAUAUGUGUUUUUUUGACUUGGUGUAGGGAUAGUUCGUUUGCUGGACGGUAUCUUCAACUAAAGACAUAUAUGGGUAUAUUACAGAGUUAGCUUGUUUCAGGCAAUUGUCUGAUAAGUAAAACAACAACAAUAGAUGAUUUAAGUUUGGAGGUAAAGUGUCAAUUGUGGGGUUUACAUCAGAUAUUCCAUGGAUCUAUACCUGCUGGUCCCCUUCAGAGAUGUACAGAUCAACGUGAGAGUGAUUCCAGACAAUGGCAAUGAAUUGACUGAUGGAGAAACUAGACUGAAUGUAUGAUAGUCUGGGCAAAACAAAAGCAUAGGGCCCAAUGAAAGUAUCAGACUGCGCAAUGUGAUGAAGGCCACAUUGGGAUAGGGCUUGGAUGGGAGCCCACAUUUUGUUUCUUUUUAAUGUCAGUGUUCCCUAAAAGCUUGACUGUUUAAGGCUCCUGGAUAAUCACCUCUCUUCUCUGGUCAAAGACAGAUUGGAUUCCAACCCAUUGCCUGGUAUAAGACAGGGACGUGUGUUUUGGGGUUCCCAUGUUUCCUCACAGGCCAAAUGGAGCCUGCAAAAACUGAAAGAUGUCACAAGGAUACGCAGCAGAGUACCUUGUAGUUGGCUUCUGCCAUUUCCUGAGCUGCCUGUAUUUAUUCACUCUAUAUGGAAACCUUCUCUUUUAUUUCUCCUUUUUAAUCAAAUCAUUUACGGGCACCACUGUUAAAACAAAGGUGUAUGUACUUAUGCUUCAGCCAAAUUGUGUAAUGCUGAAGAGAAUUAGAACUUGAAUUUUCUUUUUUUCUAUUUUAAGUAUUCAGUUUGGAUUUUAUGAUUUCGUUUUUUUUAUUUUCUUCACAUUUCUGCAGUAUUGUACUAAAGUGAAAAAGUAAGAAAAACAUAUCCCAUCAGAAUAAGUGGAGAAAUGCAAUGGAGCCCAUUUUUUGUUUUUGGACACUUGCAUAGGGGAGUAAAUGUGAUAUUUUGGUAUUUUUUAAGAGUGCUCUUGUGUUGUCCUCAUUAUAACUAUGGGUUUGGUUUUCAAGCAGAAAUGUCGAUGUUCCCACAAAACGGGGCAAUACAAAGAUGACAUGUACUCAGCUGUGGUCUGUUGCUAUGGUAAACAUUUUGGUUUCUUUCUCACCCCUUCCUUUUUAUUCUCCCCAAUCUAACUCAGUGAUGAGAGGACUAUUUAUAAACUUUGUUUUUCUGUUUGUUUUUAACUCUCAAGUCGAGGACUCAAUGACUCUUACAAUCCAAAAAUAUCCAAUAAACAUGAGUGUGCUUCCGUUGCAACUUUGAUUCUAAAUUAUUUUUGAAAAGAUUGUGAAAAAGUUUUACUGCUUGAUUCAAUUUUUAACCCCUCCCUCUCUGAAAUACAUAAGACCAUAGGCAUACCAAUGUGAGAUCUAGUUUCCCCCAACACACUUUAAACACUGACCCAAUGUGAGAUCUAGUUUCCCCCAACACACUUUAAACACUGACCCAAUGUGAGAUCUAGUUUCCCCCAACACACUUUAAACACUGACCCAAUGUGAGAUCUAGUUUCCCCCAACACACUUUAAACACUGACCCAAUGUGAGAUCUAGUUUCCCCCAACACACUUUAAACACUGACCAAAGUCAACCUAUGUUCAAAGUAUUAUCGAGGUGGGAGGGGGCCAAAGCAAUUACUGUAGUAAAGGUUUGAGUGUUACUAAGAGAUAGUGGUACAUAGCCAUAGCACCCCUCCACCCACACACACACCCAACCACACUUUGUGCAUAGUGAAGUCAGUACUGAAGGCCUUAGCUAGUGGCUUCUAUCCAGACUAUUACAUCAGAGGGGAAGCUAGAGGCCUGGCUUCCAUCGGCGCCCCCUAGUGCUGUUUUGUGGCAUCACCCCUGACCCCUGUGUUGGCUGUAGUGUACUUGUCUUGCAUGCAUCUGGUGUGGAGUGGAGGGGCUCGAUUCAUCAUGUGCACCUCACGUUCUGUCUUUGUGCUUCUCCAGAGUGGAAUGAACCACACCCAGACACAGUCCUACUGCUUUCACUACAGGGGAGGUUGGGCACAUGGCAUGGGAAAUGGCUGUUUUAGGUUUUUUAUAGGAACUCUGUAUUUGUACCUAGUGUGUUCUACUUGAAAAAGCCGAAAGGGUGUUUUUUAAUCUGUCAUUGGUCUUAUGUGGAUUCACUCCUCUUCCCUCCUCCUCCCUCUCUCAACCACUCCCUCUUCUACAUUUUCUCCUCUCCUCCUUUUACUUUGCGUUGUGGGCAUGCUUGUCACAAGACAAACACUCUAUCAGAGGAGGCUGCUGGGAGGAGCUAUAGGAGGACAAGCUCAUUGGAAUGAAUAGAAUGGUGUUCCAUUAAUUCCAUUCCAGCCAUUACAAUGAGCCCAUCCUUCUAUAGCUCCUCCCAGCAGCCUCCACUGCUCUCUAUCUACAGGAUUAUAACCUCUUAAAUAGUUGUGUAUAAAUAAACUGUAAUAAGUUCUUUUUUAAUAAAACAUUAACUGUGUA